UAUACUGCAUUACCGACACUGUACUUGUUUGUGAUUUUAUAACGCGUAGUUGUCGUUUCCGAAUUUUCGUGAACGAUAUAUUAAUUUUUGUAUAUGUGUUACCCUGUAACGCACACCUGACAUUUUGCAAUUUCAUUAUCAUCUUUUAUCCAGUCCAAAAUAGUAACUAAUUUUUGACACUUUUAUUUCCUUAUCUUACCGUUCACGGAAAAAUAUUUUGGGCUUGUAAACGAAAGUGGAUUUUUAUGCUUAAAAAAAUCAUCCAAUCACCAUUGAUACCGUUAAAAAAUUGUUAAGUUGAAAUUAAAAAAGUACAUUCACAAAUUGGUUGAAGUAUGUAUAUAUAUAUGUAAAAAGUUGGUAUGCUUGCCGUGGAGUUGGCAAACAAAUUAUAUUCAUACUCUUCGAGAAUACAUAUUGCCACAGCUUCCUCAAAAUAGAAAGAUAAAUCACAGUUUCCGAAACAAUUGUUAACGCAAACGGCAACACACAAUAUUAGCAUACGCACAUUCUCGGAUGGUCUGAGCUUUCCAAUUACAUAUAUCCCCCAUAAGGAUGGCUGGUGGCGCUGCUUCUAUAUCACAUUGUGGCCCUGUAAACCGUCCUAACUCCACAUGCGCGGUUUGUGCCUCAACCACAUAUUCACGAAAUGCCAAUAGUGAUAAUUUUAUGCAAAUCAUUCAUUCUGAGGCACUGAUGAAGGGUCUCAAUGCGUUGCGUUGUGCAGAAAAGCUAUUUGAUGUUACCCUGCACGUUGAAGAACGAACAUUCAAGGCACAUAAGGUUGUUUUGGCUGCGUGCAGUGAUUACUUCUGCGCUAUGUUCACUGACGCUAUGCGUGAAGCACACCAGUCUGAAAUAAAAUUAAAUGGCAUAAAUGCGCAUGGUCUAGAGUUGCUGUUAGAAUAUGUAUAUACUUCAAAACUGGAGCUAGAUCGUAAUAAUGUGCAAGAUGUUUUGUCUGUGUCGACACAUGUCCAGAUGAAGGCCGCUAUUGACGCCUGUUCACAUUUUCUUGAGUCACAAAUUGACUUGGACAACUGCGUUGCGAUUGCUGCCCUCGCCGACUUGUACUCACUAGAACCGUUGAAAAAGAAAGCUUAUCGGUACAUGUGUUCACGCCUCGAUGAAUUUUCGCAGACUCCCGAUUUACUUAGCCUCACAUUAGACCAAUUCGAGCAUGUGCUCGCAUGUAAUUAUCCUGUGGAUUGCUCGGAACAGAGAGUGCUUGAAAUGGUUUUGGAAUACUGUUUGGAGUCUGAUCUAAAACCGGAAUUGGCGCGACGUCUUUUCGGAAAAGUACAGUACCAUCAAAUUAGUGCAUGUGCUCUAGAUGUCAUGAAGACCAAAUGGAAUACAAAACUUAAGUCCGGCAUUGAUUCAAUUUUUUUGGCCUACUUUCGGGUGUUAAAUGAAGAAAUGUUAAAACAGGAGGUUGGAAAGUUGCAUUUAUCUGACACCUAUGUCGAUGACUUACUCUCGACGGACGUGUUAACGAAUACGCGAGGAAUGGAACUCGCCCUGGUUAAAAUAGGUGGCUUUGAGACAAAUGGCCUAACUAAUCGGAUAAGCUGUUUUCUACCUUCCAAAGGCAAAUGGGAGAGUCUUACCGUUAUACCGCACAUCGAACAAUGCAAUUACGGUACAGCUGUGUUGGGUAAUGAUUUGUAUGUAGUAGGCGGCUCUUAUGAUGUUUGCCUGAAGGAGUAUAUCCAUCCUUUCGGGUUUCGCUACUGUCCCGCCAAAAACAAAUGGAAAACCAUAGCCCCAAUACAGGCCGACCGCUGUCGAUUUUCGUUGAAUGCUAUGGGUAAUAAUUUUCUGUACGCAGUCGGCGGAGUCUGCGAACUGAACGAAAUUGAUGGUGGCGCUGAGCUUUGGGCACAUGAUAUGGCAGUUUCAAAUUGCGAACGCUAUGACGCAAAUGCUGAUCGCUGGGAGUACCUGCCAGCGCUGUCAGAGAAUCGAAGUCAGCAUGCCGGCGUCGUCUUGGGUGACCAACUAUAUAUAUCGGGUGGAAUCGACCGACACAUUGUCCUUGCAACGCUGUGGAGAUUUGACACGAAAUCAAACAAUUGGCAAAAACUGUGUCCGAUGCCGACACCACGCGCCGAUCAUGUACUCAUUGUCAUUGACGGUCGGAUUUAUGCUUUCGGUGGUUGGUACGAGGACCCUGUGACCGAAAUGCGCGUUUUAGCCGAUGCCGUGGACGUAUAUGAUACCAUCACUGAUCAGUGGGUGACUGAAUCGCGCAAUCCUUUGCCAAAGUAUUAUACCGGCGUCGCUGCGGUCAAAAGAAAAGUUUACUUUAUUGGCGGGUUGCUUUCGACGGCAACUAUAAAUCGCGCCACCUCAUCAGUGCAGUGUUACGACUUGGAUACCAAGCAAUGGACUUUUAGCUCGGAGUGGGAGUAUCCGAAAGAGGUUUGGGAAAGUACUUGUGCGGCUUUCUAUGUGCCACGUGAACGUGAUAAUGUGAAGUACUAUUGGGAUGAUGUUUGAACGAGUAAAUUAUAUAAACAACUGUAAAGUACUUUAUUUAAAAAGUGUUUGAUUAGAAAAAAAAAACGCUGAAUGUAUACUCAUUUAAAAUUAAAUUUAAAUUUUAUUUUAGUGAUCCUCUUUUGUUUCUGACUGCAACUUUUACCGCUUCGUGUAACGUAUGAAAUUUUAUUUUUAAUGAAAUAAAUUACAGCAAUGAAUAAUUUAAAUCAAAACAGAAACUAGUAUAAGUUGCGCUCUAAUGUUUAAUAAAACACACAUUUGUAUGUUGAGUGAAUCUCAAAAAAAGUAAAUAUUAAUUGAAUAGAUCAUAUCUAUUUAUUUCUGGACAUUGUCAAGUUACGUGUUUUAAAUAGCAGAUACUUCAGUCAUUUUUGGAUGUACAUAUAUGCAUAUUUCAUAUCUUAAAUCAAUGUAUUUAAUGAGUUGAAGUAAGUUAUUAAUUAUUAAUACGUAAAGAAUUUUGUCUGAAUUGGAUUUAAGGACGCAGACAUAAACCUAGUUUAACAUUUUUUACCGCCUUUUAGUUUUUCUGAUUACAAAAUUUAUAUUUUACUACAUAGAAUUAUUAACUGCAUAUUAACAAUUUAAGACUAUGUACUAUCAUCUUGUCGGACAACUGUCCAAUAAUAUAAUUUUUUAUAGUCUUGGCAGAGCCAUUUUAAUAUAAAUUUUAACAAAUAAAUAUGCCUUUUAGAAACAUAGAUUAAUGCGUUACAGAAAUAUUACUUUGGAUUAUUUUCAUGAUAGCAAGAAUUAUAAAAAUACUAAAUAUCAAAAACAAUUGUUUCUGUGAAAUUCCUCAAAAUAUACGUGGUUUAAAAACAGUACGAAAACAAACCGACCAUUACCCAUUUCCACAACAAGUACGAAAAGUUUGUGUUCCGUUUGUCAUACUGAUCCCGUACACUAACAAUUAGAGUCCGACCGAUGUACAAAAUUAACUUCAAAAAGAUGUGUAUUUUUACUAUGGCUUGGUUAGCAAAAAGCUCUGCUAGGUUUAUUUAUUAAGGAGUCAGAAUGCCAUAUGCGGUUUUGCAAAAAAUGUGUUUUUUUUUUAACAUGUGUUACGUGAGGGUUAAUUUAAAUAAAAAACUAACACAAACACAUCAGUUCACGUAUGAAUUGUCAAAUAUGGAUAUUGGCAUUACUUGGCACACUGUCUACACUGUGCACAGGUCAAGCUUUUUAAUGAAGUGCCACAUUUUUGAAAAUGGAACGAAUCGUGCAGAUCUCAA